UGCCACUGCAAUAAUUCUCGUCCAGAAAUUAGCAUGACAGUGCAGGAACUGCAGCAACCAUCUUAGCAGCUCAGAGCUGCAUCCACUGCAUGAUGAGCCAGCCAUAAGCAAUCUGGAUUCUUGGUGUCUCUCAAUCUUGAGACACACCAUUUGAGCUUCUCAAUCUUGUAAGACAUGCAUGCAUUCUUCUUAUUCUUUCUUGGUGAUGUUGCCAACAGAUCAAGUCAAAGAUGUCCAUUGCCUGCCUCUAUCUUGUGCUGGGAAGACAAGUAGACAGAUCCCACUCGUGCUGCACAAAAAUACUAAUAUUAGGAGUUGUUGAGUGCUACAUUAUGGGACUGUAACCUUGUGAUUAGACUCUUUAUUUGCAUUGAUGCCUUCCACCAAGAAGCUGCCUGUUGUUAGCCACUGAAACAUUACAACUGGAUACUAGGCAUCCACUUAAUCAUGAGAAUUAAAGUAGCAGAAAUAUUCACUGCCCUGCACAGAGGAAACCAGUACACGGAGCUCAAGCUUGAAGCUCAAAUCUAUUGUGGGGUCGAGUUCAGAAAGCCGAAGGGAUGAAGUCCAACUCGCAGAACUCAGAGCGAGAUGGCUCCAAGCCAGCGUUGCCACACUCGCUCCAUCAGCCUGCCCUCAGAGCUUCACCCUGCUGCGCUCAGGGUGGAAGAAGAGCUGCACAGGCUGAGGUCUUCGAUGGCUUCAUCCUCUUCCACGCCGCAGAUGAUAUGCGACAGCUUGAGAGGACUCGGAGGCCUGUACGAAUCGAUCGAGGGGCUCGUUCGCCUGAGAAGCAACCAUCAAACCCUCAUCCAUCCACUGCAACGGAGACGCGUGGAAGGAGAACUGGUUGCGUCCAUCAGACUGCUGGACCUGUGCAGCGCAGUGAAGGAUGACUUGAGCACGAUGAAGGAGCACGUCCGAAGGAUUCGGUCGGCUCUCAGAAGGAGAGACGGCGCAGUGAUCGCGAACAAGGUGAAUGACUAUGUCCGCUUCGGGAGGAAGGCAGACAAGGAGAUGAAGGAUCGCUUCAGAUCAUUGAAGCGGGUCAUGGAGGACGAAGACACGCCGAUGGCGAUCUGGGGGUUGAUGGAAGCGGAGAUGAUCGCCAUUUCUCUACUGCGACUGGUGUUCUCCUUCGUGUCGAUGCAAACGGGAAGGUCAGAGCGUAGCAGUUGGUCUUUUGUUUCGAAGGCAUUGAGCAAGAGGAAAGUGGCAUCCGAUGAGGAGCAGGAGGCUGGAAGUGGAGUGGGAAGACUAGAAAUCUUCUCAUGGCGUGCUUCCUGCAAGGAUGGUGAUGGUGGGAGGGCAGUCAAGGCGCAAAGUCAACUGCAGAGGUUGGAGGUUAGCGUUGAAGGGCUGGAGAGCGGAUUAGAAUCCUUGUUCAGGGAGCUGAUCCGAAGCAGAGUCGCUCUGCUCGACGUACUCAGCUCAUAGAAGAACUCAUCAAAGUGUGUACGCUGUGAUCAGCAACCACAAUUUUGGCGACUUGACUGAUCAUUGCAAAUCUAAGCUUGUAAACAUGAUAAGUAUAGAUAUAGAAUACAGUAAUCUUACACUCUAUGA